UCUCUCUCAAAUGGCAAAAUCCCUCCUCCUACCGCUCCUGCUAAUCUGCGCCGCGUGCGCAUCGGCCCUCCGCUGCCCGGACUGCGGUACCACCCCCGUCCCGUACCCUCUAAGCACCUCUCCCAACUGCGGCGAUCCAAACUACAAAAUCCGCUGCGAUGCAUCCAACACCCUCCGGUUCGACACCCUCAACGCCUCCUCUUACGCAAUCGCAGCCAUCCAUCCAGAGAUCCAACGGUUCACAAUCCGCCCCGCUAGCUUCACCCCCAACAGAUGCGUGACCACCGAUUUACGUAGCCAGGGCAUCCAGCUCAACAACAGCCUCCCUUUCAACGUCACCAGCAGCAACACCAUCAUGUUUCUAAACUGCACCGAGCGCUUACUAUCCUCCCCCUUAAACUGCACCUCCACAAGCCUCUGCCACACCUAUAUCAAUCGGACGGCUGAGGCUGCGCCGUGCCGUCAAACGUCGAUCUGCUGCACGUUCCGGGCCGGCGGGUCCUCGACGUCGUACUCCAUCCGUUUGACGGGCGUCGGGUGCAACGCCUACCGGAGCUUUGUGAAUUUGGAUCCGUCGCUGCCGGUGGAUCGGUGGCCGGAGUCCGGGGUGGAGAUACAGUGGAUGUCGCCGCCGGAGCCGGUCUGUCAGACGCAGGGCGAUUGCGAGGCCGGCCAGAACGCAACGUGCGCGCCGGAUCAGGCGGCCGGAGCUGGAGUUAGGAGGUGCUUCUGCAACGCGCCGCUGCGGUGGGACCCAUUCACUGGGACGUGCGCCGAGAACAAGCUGGAGUGUCAGCUUCGAGGCAGCUGCAAUGGCAGUUCGACGGAUCGGGUGCCCCUCAUUGCAGGCUUAACUUCCGGCCUGGUUGCCGCAUUGCUGGCGACCAUCGCGGGCAGUUUCGUCUAUCGCCGUCAAUGCCGCAUCAAGGAGGAGAGGGCUCGCAUAGCGAAGGAACGGGAAGACAUCCUCAACAGUGGCGGCAAAUCAGCGAAGAACUUCACAGGCAGGGAGAUCAAGAAGGCCACUAACAACUUCUCCAAGGACCGCCUCCUUGGAUCGGGCGGCUACGGUGAGGUCUUCAAGGGUGUCCUGGAAGAUGGGACGAUCGUGGCCGUCAAAUGUGCCAAGCUGGGCAACACCAAGUCGACAGACCAGGUACUCAAUGAGGUCCGCAUCCUCUCCCAGGUCAACCACCGUGGCCUUGUUCGCCUCCUAGGAUGCUGUGUCGAGCUUGAGCAGCCCCUCAUGGUCUACGAGUACAUCUCGAACGGGACACUCUCCGACCACCUCCACGCCCGCCGUGGCUCGCCACUGUCCUGGCGGCACCGGCUCGUGAUUGCCCGCCAGACUGCAGAAGGCCUGGCCUACCUCCACUCCUCCGCAGUGCCGCCAAUCUACCACCGUGAUGUGAAGUCAAGCAACAUCCUGCUCGAUGACCAGCUCAAUGCGAAGGUAGCCGACUUCGGGCUGUCCCGGCUUGCUGAGACUGAUCUCAGCCACAUAUCAACGUGCGCGCAAGGGACGCUGGGGUAUUUGGACCCUGAAUACUACAGAAACUACCAGCUGACGGACAAGAGCGAUGUGUACAGCUUCGGCGUGGUCUUGCUCGAGUUACUGACAUCGCAGAAGGCGAUCGACUUCAGCAGGGGGGAGAACGACGUCAACCUCACAAUCUACGUCCAGCAGAUGGCGGAGGAGGAGAGGCUGAUGGAGAUCAUCGAUCCGACAAUCAAGGAGGGUGCAGGUCAGGUCGGAUUGGACACGAUGAAGGCGUUGGCGUUCUUGGCACUGGGCUGCUUGGAAGAGCGGAGGCAGAACAGGCCGUCGAUGAAGGAGAUUGUGGAGGAGAUCGAGUACAUUCUGAGCAUCGAGGAAGCUGGCGGCGUGGAUUCAUCGAGAUGAAGCAACCCCGGUCGCAUAUAUUUUGUCUGGGCCUCGCGUCUGUCAGAUUGAGAUCUGUGGUGGCAGAUGUGGUUUUUCAUGUCCAUGAAAGACUGUUUGGUUCUUGCUUGUGUUUAUGGGUUCUUAUUGAAGAGGGUUUGCAGAGUAAUACUCAUGUUUUGGGUUCAUACGAGUGGGGCCCAUUGUUCAGUAAUCCAGACCAUUGAUCAGGUGUGACCAACUGUGGAUGGAUGGACCAUACUUCCAGAUUCGGAAUGUGUCUUGUUUUCAUGUCUCUAGGAAAGCUGCAACUGAAAACUUGUUCAUUUGCUACAA